ACAACAUUAAUGAAAGGUUCAACUGAACCUGAGUUGGUCAGUCUGUGGAACUUUACUUUUAGCUGCUACAUGUCUAUAGGAACGGAAUGACAGUAAUGACUAUCACGAGGGUCUCUGGAAGUGCCUGUCUUAGCCCACAUUAUUCCAAAAUGAAGUAACACCGGAGGCAAUCUGCUUUUUAUCAGCCGUUGGAGUCUUAAUUGUCCUGCUAGCUGUUCUUUUCCUCAUCAUCAACAAAAAGCUCUGUUUUGAAAACAUUGGGGACCUUCCAUGUUUGGACCAAAGAGGCAAAAAACAGCAACCCCCUAAAGAGAAAUCAGGGGUUCUGCAAAGCCUUGCCCAUAGAAAUAUAACUGUGGCGUGCUGGCAAAAUUGAAAUCCUGGUGUGUCCUCCAUCAGCUGAAACUGGUCAUGGUCAAACCCAUGGCUUCUCAGAGUUUCUUCCAGCCAGUCUCUUCAUGGAUAUCUCGCAUGUGUGAAGCUGUUAGUCUUGCAGGUGAUUCAAUAUCUGGUUCUCUCAACAACUUAAACAAAGCUCAGCCCAGUGUGGAUAGCAACCAAGACUCCCAAGAAUACCAAGAGCAAUUUGAGUAUGACAUUGAAGAGUUCCCUGAAGAGAAGGAAUGUUUAUCUGACAAUGAUUUUAAGAGUGUGGAUAACGUGGCCACAUCUGAACACAUUGAAAAUAAUGAUCAAUCUGAUAACACUGAAUUGUCAGAAGGCACUGCAAAAAGUUCAUUAGCUGAUACAUCGACGGUGUUCCGAUCAGGCACAGCUGUCGAUGAGGAUGAUGGGGCACUGGAAACUCUUUCCUCAAUUACCGAAGAAGACGAAGGGGACUUAGACAACCAAAUUAGAACUCUUUUGAGGGACCUUGACAGUCCAACUUUUAGCGCUGUAGGAAUAACUAAUGUGAACAGUUAUGGUGAAGAUGAAGAUCUAACCUCCUCCUCAGACAGUGAUGAAGAAGUAUUUAAGCAGUUUCAGAUCUCUGUAUCGCGGUCACAGAGCUUCCGUUCAACAGUCUCUGAAAAGGCAACGCAAGCGGGUUCAGAAAAUAGGCAAAAAUUCAGCCGCUUGCUCUCAAAUCACGAGGAGCUAAGCUCAGAAGCGUCUGAGUGUGAAGAUUUGGAUGUUCUCAGUUAUCAGUCAAAUGAAGAAGAUGGCCAUGUAUCAUAUCACUCAAGGCAAGAAUUAGCUGCCGUAGAACCUCAGAAUGCCACCGGUCAGGAAGCAGAUCCCGGGCCUGGCGUGGAAGAUGAAGAUGCCACAGACAACUCAUCUGUGUGCAGUCCAGAGGACCAGGUUGAUGGUACUCUUCCACCUCCAAUCCCUUAUGUACCAAUUUGUAAAUCCGGUGAUCUUGAUGUCACACUAGAGUACAAACCUUCCAGCCAAAAGCUGGUUGUUACAGUUCUGGAAGCAAAGGAUAUUCCAGAUAAGGAACGGAGUGGUGUGGAUUCAUGGCAAGUUCAUGUUGUCGUUCUGCCAAGCAAAAAGCAAAGAGGCAAAACCACUACCCAGAAAGGAUCACUGCCUGUCUUCAACGAGACCUUCACAUUCAACAAACUUGUGCCAGAGGAGAUGCCAAACAGUGCCCUUAGGUUCCGCUUGUAUGCUGUGCACAAAAUGAACCGUGUAAAAAUGAUGGGAGAGAAAUUGUGUCCCUUAAGGAACAUUAGACCAGAUACUGAAAAUAGCCUGACUCUGGUAUUGGAGCCAAGGAGCAACCUGACUAGUGGAGAUUCCCUGUUAAGUUUUACUCCAGUCUCUCACAGUGAGAGUGAUUCAUCCACACAGUCGUUGUCUCAUGGUGGGGUGCCUGAAUUGCUGGUGGGAUUGUCAUAUAAUCCAACAACAGGGCGGCUUUCUGUGGAAAUUAUCAAAGGCAGUCAUUUUAGGAACCUUGCUGUCAACCGACCUCCGGAUACCUAUGGAAAGCUUUCUCUGUUGGACUCAGUUGGCCAUGAAAUGUCCCGUUGUAAAACAUCGGUGCGCAGAGGCCAGCCAAACCCUGUCUACAAAGAAACGUUCAUCUUCCAAGUGGCUCUCUUUCAGCUUACUGACUUCACGCUGAUGAUUUCCAUUUACAACCGGCGCAGCAUGAAAAGGAAGGAGAUGAUUGGAUGGCUUUCCCUGGGGAAAAACAGUAGUGGGGAAGAGGAGCAAAACCAUUGGCUGGAAAUGAAAGAAUCAAAGGGUCAGCAGGUCUGCCACUGGCACACAUUGCUAGAGUCUUAAAGGGCAGACUCAAAAGAAAAGAUAUGUUAUAAUGCUUCCACUUGUGUGACAAUGUUUUAAAAUGGAUGUUUUUUUUUUUUUGUUUCAUUUUUUUUUUUACAAACCCAUACCUUGAAUUACUCACCAUAACAAUGUAAACAUAAGCACUAUUCUUUCACUUUUUCUUAGACUCUUUUAGUACUGAAAUAUACUUUGCAUUCCUCCUAUCAAGGGUGAGGGUGCAAGUAUGUAGAAAAUAAAAUAGUAUACAUAUAUAUAUAUAUAAAUGCAUGUAAAGUACUUUGGGAGUAUGGGUGUACAAUUUUAGUGCACCUCAACUAUUUAAUGCAGUGACUUGAAAGGAAAAUAUCUGCCUACUUGUGACAAGAUAUCCAAGACUGUAGCCUGUGAGUGUUGCUUUAGGUUGUAUUACAUUUUGAUUUGACAUCUGUGCAGGCACAAGGGUAUUGCAAUUGUAUAUUUUCAGUAAAAGUCAGUUUUAACACAAUCCAUUGGAAGACCAGACAGAGAAAAUCUGCUAUCAGUUGUGUAGCCCAUUUACUUUGAGUUGAAUCACAUUCCAUUUGCACUGAAAUUUAUAUCCUUGAACCUGACAUCUAAAAGCACAUUGAUCAUAGGUCGAAUUUCAUGUGAGUUUUUAAAAACUCCCCAUAACGCCCAAUAAAUUAGAAAUUUAUUAAUAAAAUCAAAUGAAUUAAAUCGACCUGAAAACUCGAAUCUAAUUCGAUUCGAAUUUGAUCAAACUCAAUUCGAGUUUUUUUCUCCAGAAUGUCAGGAAGGCUGCACACAUCUCCAGAUUGAUCCCUGGACCUCUCCCAUUGACUUAAACAGCAAUUCGGCAGGUUUAAGGUGGCGGAUACUCAAAUUCUAGUUCUUAAAGGGCCAGAGUAUGAUAAAUCUUAUCAAAUCUGAAUUUUUUUAAAAACUCAAAUUGAAUUUAAAUAACUAAGUCGAAUUUAACAGUAUUGAUCAUAAAAAAAGUUCAACCCUUGAUAAAUCUGCCCCUAGUAUAAUAAUAUAACAUAAUAGCCAUUCUGUAUAGUGUCACACCAAUGUAUACAAGACUGAGAACUCACCCACCCAUGUACAAUUCUCUAUCUGGUUCGGCUCAUCAUUCCUGGUGCACGGAUAUCUAGGUAGGUAGGAUACACUUAUAGUGAACUCGCAGGUAAAACAGGCGCAUAAUAUAUUGCCAAAAGAAAAGCACAGUAAAUGGCAUUUUAGUCUUCUGAAAUAGGGCAAGAUGGGGCACAUCCUCCAUGAAUGUCCUCAGUUUCAGUAUUUGUAAAUUAUUUGGAAUGAAUUUGAUACUGAUUAAGAAUGAAUUAUAUAUUUUCAAAUGGCAUGGGAAGCAAUAAACAUUUUGCUGUA